UUUUUUUUUCAUGUUUUUCUUACUCUUUGGUAUUAGUGUGUGUCUGUUUGGUUAGUUUGUGGCAGAGACAAUCUAUACGGAGUCACAUGUUGUUUGGAGGUUAGGAAUUAAGUUUAUCAAGCAUUAAAUAAAUGAUAAUAUUUUGCUGUUUUAAUAAUGCAAGUUAGGUUAACGUAAACAAUAAAGUUAAAAGUUUGAAGAAAAAAUGAAGACCAAACCCACAAGGCAUAAAAAUGAUAAUACUUUUAAGUUCCAACUGUUCUCGGAGCGCAUCGCGGGCAUUGACGUGGACGUGUUCCACCGGGUGGGGCACCGCUACGAGGAUGCCUCGGAGGAAGAAGGCACGCACGUGCACCAGUGCCUGCAGAAGUGGAGCGUCCUGAACCUUUCGGAGAGCUACGACCGGCUGCGACGGAGGUUCCCCUCCGUGGAGACCCUGCCCCAGCUCCUGAACAAGAAGGACGAGGUCGUGGCGCUUCUCCUGGAGUUCGUCGAGCUGCGGGACUCUCUGUCCCUUCAGCCGGUUCUGGAGUUGAUCGUGGCGCUGGCGAGGGACCUGCACCACGACUUCUACCCGCACUACGGCGGGGUCCUGCGGAGCCUCGUCGGCGUCCUGGUGGCCAAGGACCCGGAGCAGCUGGAGUGGGUCUUCACCUGCCUGGCGUACCUGUUCAAGUUCCUGUGGCGCAGCCUGGCCCGCGACGCGCCGGCCGUGUUGGACGGCCUGGUCCCCCUGCUGUCCCCCGCCUGGCCGGCGCACGUCAACAACUUCGCGGCCGAGGGCUUCGCGUUCGUCGCCCGCAAGGUCAAGGACAAGCGGCGGUUCCUGCAGCUGGUCCUGGGACACCUCCGGGAGCGGCCGGACUGUGUGGCAGGAUGCGGCCGCCUGCUGUUCGAGGUGGUGCGCGGAGUUUCGGGCCAGCUGCACAGCUGCGCGGAGGCCGUGCUGCCCGUCUACCUGCGCGCUCUGGGCGACGAGGACGUGCCCGUCGAGCUGCUCUCAGCCGUGCUCCAGCACGUCGUCGCGUGUGCGUGCUCCGAGUUGAAGCCGGACAAGUGCGCCGUCCUCUGGACGUGCAUCUACGGCGCGGUGGACUCGUUCUCCGAGGAGGGACGGACAGACGCCGUGCUGCGGGCCGUGGGCCUGGCGCGUCAGCUGGUGGCGUGGAAGCAGGGUCUGUGGGUGUGCGGGUCGGAGACGCUGGCCCGACGCCUCGGCGCGCUGCUGGCUUCCUCGGCCCCCGAGGUGUCGGCCCUCGCCGCGGACCUGGCCGCGCUGCUGUUGCAGUCUCGUCACGCCCGGCUGCCGCAGGAGCACGCCAGCCUCCUCGCCAACCAGGUGCUGGAUCUGCCGCAGCGGGAGGUCCUGCUCAGGUUCUUCGAGAGCGUGUUCGACUACAGCGGCUUCGAGUCGCUGGUACUGCCGCGCCUGCUGGCCCACUGCUGGGACGCGGGCGCGGACUCCGGGGUGCUGCGGCUGCUCGCGCGCCUCGUUCUGCGCAAGUCCCCGCCGUGUGCUUCGGGCGUCGAGCUGGCGGGCUGGAGGCAGUACCCGCUCUGCUUCCCCGACGACACCGGCGGAAUGAAGCUGAAUUUUCCAUCUUUACUGUUGAAGAUACUACAAGUUGAGGAAACAGAUGAUUUGCUGGCCUCACUAGAAAGCUGUUUGUGCGUGUUGAUUUGCCUCCCGCAUUUGAAAGUUUUAUCAAAAAAUAAUGCGGUUGGUGCUGUUAGAAACGUGACCAACAUUGUGAUGAAAGCAUUGAUGAAGAGAACUGAAGAAGAAAGCUUUACAUCUUACCCUGAAGCCAUUCCGAAACCUGAACGUGAAGCAACGAACAAGUUGACGUUUUUGUUUAGUGUAGCGAUGGAAACGCUCGUACAUCUGGAGGACGAAGUGUUGUUGGGUGUCGUCGACUUUGACCAAGUGGUCGAUGUUUCGCUCUCAUACGCAACGGGUCCCGAACAUCUCUGCAUGCUGCGCACAUUGGAUCUGUACCUGUCGUCACUCCACGAGCAGAAUGCAGAAGUUUUCUCGGCGGUUCUACUCACCAAACUACUCGAUCAUCUGGAAAGCAACAUUCUGUCACCAUACCACCCUGUGCGGCUGCUGACGCUGCACGUCUUGUCGCUGUUCGAGACGGCGUCGUCAGGCGCUGCCGCCGGCUGCGGGCUGAGCGACUGGACGCUGUUCAGCGUCUCUCUCGCGGCCGAGCGGACCCCGGCCUCAGUGCACGACUAUCGCGAGAAGCUGCAGCACGCCAGCAAGCUGGGCUUCGAGAGCACGCGCGACGCCUUGCUCCGCAACCCUCGCUGUAGCAAGGUGCCCCUAAAGUUCCUGCUGGGGUCGCUGUACGUGAACUUCCAGCUUCUGUGGGAGCCGCUGACCAAGCUGGUAGUCUCUCAUGCCCACGGCAUGCCCCCGGGAGACUUCUGGGAGGUGUUCCUGGGGCAGCUUGCGGUGUCCGCGGAGCUCGCGAGGGCCAAGAGCGGGGAGCUGCCUCAAGUGGCCGACGACUUUGGGUGGGAUGUGCUGGAUGAAUUGUUCAAUAAGCUGCAAGACACGGAGGAGAAACCAGACCACACGAACUACAGAAUACUGCUGUGGAAGGCGAUGGCAGAUUUCUCUGACGUGUCCGAGCCCAGGAACAGAGAUUUCGUUCCGUUAUUCAUCUCUUACUUGGAGAACGAGUAUCUCAAGAGCAAUGCGGAGCUGGCCAGCAUGUGGAACAUAAAGCAAAACGUCAUUGACUCUGUCCGCGACGCGGUCGAGGACGAAGCCAUGGAGCAGGAGCAAGAUGGGGAAGACGAAGAACUGGCGGAGAUCAAGCAGCAGCUGUUGUUCCAGCCGCCCCCACCACAAUCCCGUUCCCACUCACGCUCGGGGCACAAAACCCUCCUUGCACACUUGACCAUUUUCACGAAAAUCAAAAACCCAAAAGCAAUGUUCAAGGAGAUGGAGCUUUUGAAAAUCUUCAGCGAUUUUCUUUCUCACAAAGCUCCCGACGUGCAGAAAAUGGCAUUGGAUUACGUGCUGGCGUACAGAGAUAAGGGUGUCAUGCCCUACCAGGAACAUCUGUAUGCUCUUAUCGAUGAUAAGACUUUCAAGAACGAGAUCACCAUGUUCAGGAUAGAGUCUGAGGGCAAAGUGAUUCAAGACCACGACCGGUCCGCUGUGAUGCCUGUUAUUCUGAGGAUCGUGUACGGCAAGAUGCUGGCCAGGUCCGCCAAGGGCAAGGCCGCGGGACAGUGGAAGCGCUCGCUGGUCAUGAGGUUCCUGGCCGGCUGCCGCGAGGAGGAGCUCAUGGCGUUCGUCGAGAUGACCUUCAAGCUCUUCACCAAGCACAUCCGAGACGACCCGGUGGCCCUGGUGGAUGGAGUGCUGGCGUCGCUGGAUCUGGAGCGGGUGGUCCCUCCGAGGCGCCUGCAGAGCGCCGUCAACAUGGCGCUGGUGGUGCUGCAGCAGUUGGGCAGCCUGAUGGGCGCCCGCCUCCAGGCCUUCCUGCUGCGAGUGCUGCUGUGCAUCGGGGCCUUAGUCGCGGGGGUGCUUCGUCACAGGGAUCAGAUCCACGCUGGCUACCUCAAUUCGUUCCGGACCCUGCGCAACUCCUGCCUGGACGCGGUCUCCAAGUUCUUUGCCCGCUUCGAAGCGUAUGCUUGGAGCGAGGGGGAGGUGGACGCCUUGUUCCACGUUUUCGUCUGGCCGUGGUUGGAGAAGCUGCCCUCGGAGGGAGCGUACAGUCCCACCGCCCUCCUCAGGCUCCUGGCGACGUGGUGCAGCAACCCAAGGUAUUUCCUCUUCCUGGCGAAGCACCGCGAGGACGCCGAGGCGUGCUCGCCGCUGCCGUGCGUGAUGCAGCUGCUGCGGGGCCCUAGGACGCGCCCCUCCGUGACGCACCUCAUCGUGGACAUGCUGGGGAACCUGCUGACGCUCCAGGAGCCCGAGGAGCGCGGGCAGGCCGCCCCCAUCGCCGUGAACCACGUGCGAGUGGUCGGCAGCGAGGUGGAGGAGGAACUCUCACUGACGGAGGGGCUGAACCUGGGGAGCCGCCUGCUGCUGCCACACGUGGACGACAUCCUCUCGCACCUGCAGCGCCGGCUGGCGGCGGCCGCGGUCCGCUCCAAGGGCCUGGCCCCGCGGGAGCUGGGCGUGCUGGCGCGGACGUCGGAGCUGGUGCGCGACGGCGCGCAGUGCGGCAUGCUGGCCGACCUGCUGCUGCCCGUGCUGGCGCGGCGCGCCGGCGCCGGGGAGCAGGUCGUGGGCGACCUGGUGGCCUCGCUCGCCCACCUGCUGCCCCGGGUCGAACGGCCCGACAAGUACUUCAGGUCGCUGGCGCCGCUGUUCGGGGCAGUGGGCCACGUCGGGCCCAGGAAGAUGCUGUGCCGGAUGCUGGAGCAGGCGUCGGGGAGCGUGGCGCCCGAGCGCCGGGAGCAGGCACGGCUGGCCGCCGAGCUGGCGGCAGGGCUGAACGCCUUCGACGCCCGCUGGGUCGAGCAGCCGGACUUCGACCGCCGCCUCGACGCCUUCCGCGGGGUCCACGCCGCGCUGGCUGACGGGCGGGUCGACGCCGACCUGGGCGCGCUCGUCAUCCACAACUGCUUCUACUUCCUCAAGAAGGAAACGGACCUGUCGCUGCGGGACUCGGCGGGGCUGUGCCUGCGCAAGGUGGCGCCGGCCGUCUGCAACAAGUUCAGGGACGACGCCGCGACCAGGGAGUUCCUGGUGGACGGGACGGUCCUGACGCUGGUGCGGGCCGGGAUCGGCGACCGCAGCGAGACCGUCCAGUACGAGGCCAUCGCGUUGCUCGGCGAGAUGGCGCGAGAGUGCGGGGACCUGCACCCAGUGCUGAGAGACCUGUCGAAGCUUGCGGACAAGGCUGACCCGGAGGUGGACUUCUUCGAGAACCUGCAGCACUUGCAGUCGCACCGGAAGACGAGGGCCCUUCUCAAGUUCUGCCACGUCGCGGGCGGUCUCGACAAGCCACCCAGCCCCCGGACGCUCACCCAGUUUGUCCUGCCGCUGGCAUCGCGGUUCCUCCUGAGCGACAAGUACGCCACCAAGAACAGCAUCGUUGAUGCUGCAAUCCAGACGGUCGGCACCGUUUGCCGCCUCCUGCCUUGGCACCAGUACGAAACGAUCCUGAAGUACUACCUCACGAAGCUGAGGAGUUCCGGGGAACACCAGAAGCAGCUGAUCAGGAUCGUGGUGGCGGUGCUCGACGCCUUCCACUUCGACCUGUCCCGGGCGCGGGCCGCGGAGGGGAAGCACGGGACGAUCGAGACCGCCCGCGCGGAGGCCCGGCCCGGGGCGGAGCCUGCGGAGGACGUCGACGCGGCAGCGGAGGAGCUGGCGGACGAGGAGAAGCUGAAGAGUGCCUUGGAGGAGCCUCCGCCGCCAGAAGAGGCCUCGGAGGAGGUGGUCAAGGCGGAGGGCGCGGAGCCCCGGGAGCCGGCCAUCGCCCGGCAGACGACGCUCGCCCGUUCGACGGCGGCGCGGGCGGUGCGGGCCAUCGCUACGGGCCUCCUGCCGCAGCUGCAGCGCUGCCUGGCCCAGCGCACCCAGGCCGACACAGCGCACAAGGUCAACCGGCGGCUUGCGGGGCCCGACAGGGAUGAGGAGGACAUCCUCAGGGUCCCGGUGUCCCUGGCUGUCGUGAAGCUGCUCCAGAGGCUGCCCGGCCACAUGAUGGACAACUGCCUGCCGGGGGUCAUCUCGAAGCUGUGCUCGUUCCUGAAGUCACGCAUGGACAGCGUGCGGCGCAUCACCCGCGACACCAUGCAGAAGAUCGUGGUCGCGCUGGGGCCCGCUCACCUGGGCGCGGUGGUGCGCGAGAUGGCCGCCCUCCUCACCAAGGGCUUCCAGGUGCACGUGCUGGCGUUCACGGUCCACGCCGUCCUGUCGGCGCUGAAGGGCGCCUACGGGCGCGGCGACGUUGACUCCUGCCUGCAGGACGUCCUGGAGGUCUGCAAGAAAGAUCUAUUUGGUGCUGUAGCUGAAGAGAAGGAUGUGGCUCAGAUUGUCAACAAAACAAGUGAAGCCAGGUCCACAAAGAGCUAUGACAUUUUCGGCAUAUUAGCGCAGCACAUAUCUGAGAACUGCUUCACGGAUCUGCUGAUGCCUCUGAAAGAGGUGCUCUCCUUGUCUUUCUCGCACAAAGUGGUCUCCAAAGUCCAGGAAUGCCUGCGCCACGUGGUCGCGGGCCUGGUGGAGAACCCCUUCGUUCCAGUCGAGUCCGUGGUGAUAUUCAUGUACGGGGUGGCCUCCGAGACGGUCCCGGAGCUGGCGAUGGCUCCAAACGCGCCGAAGCAGGCGUCCGGGAAGGAGGGUCGCCGGCUCGAGGAGCGGACGGACAGCUUCAUCAUCCGGCCGGCCCCGAGGAGCCGGCACGGCGCGGCCGGCGCCGUCGCGAGGAGCUCGGCCCGCACCAACGCCCACGUCCUGGUGGAGUUCGGGCUGCAGCUGCUCCACGCCCUGCUCAGGAAGGAGAAGCUCCGCCCCGGUGACCACAAGGCCCUCGUCGACCCGGUCGUCCCCGUCCUGUGCAGGUGCUUGGAGGGCAAGCACGUCAAGUUGACGAUGCUGUCCCUGCAGUGCUUCCGCUGGGUUCUGAAGAUGGACCUCCCGUCGAUGAAGGCGAACGUCGGCAAAGUAGCCGAUGGCUUGUUCGGUAUACUGCACAAGUAUGCUGUUGCGGGACUCAGUAAGGGAGACAAUUUCACCCUUGUGGUUUCCGCGUUCAAGGCGGUGACGGUGCUGGUGAGGGACGCCCGCCACCACAGCAUCAGCACGGACCAGCUGAAGGCGCUGCUGCUGUACGCGGAGCGGGACCUGCACGACCACGGCCGCCAGGCCACGGCCUUCUCCCUGCUCAAGGCCGUGCUGGCCCGCAGGCUGGUGGCCCCCGAGAUGCACGCCGUCAUGGGCAAGGUGGCCGCGCUCAGCGUCACCUCGGAGGCGGGCCACGUCCGCCUGCUGGCUCGACAGGUGUUCCACCAAUUCCUGAUGGACUAUCCUCUCGGCAAGAAAUUGGAACAACAUCUCACGUUCUACAUCUCCCAGUUGAACUACGAGCUACAACCAGGACGAGAAUCCGCGUUGGACAUGAUGCAUAAUGUCAUCAAUACCUUCCCACUGCCAGUCCUGACGAAGCAUAGCGGUCUCUUCUUCGUCACGAUCGGCGCCCGGCUGGUGAACGACGAUGCCCCUGAGUGCAGGAAGAUGGCGGCGCAGUGCGUAAAGUCCCUGCUGUUGCGGCUCGGCGGGAACGCCCGCAACAAGCUCUUCGACAUUGUGCUUCUUUGGCUGGAGGACAAGAAGGUGGGGCACCGUCAGCUGGGGGCCCAGCUGCUCGGGGUGUUCGCGGAGGCGGAGAAGGAAGCCCUGGAGGGCCGCCUGGCGGGCGUCGUGCCUGCCCUGCUGGACCAGUUCGGGCGGGCGCCGCCUGGCGCGCCGGGUCGGUUCGUCCGGGCGGCCGGCGUGCCCACGGCCGAGGGCGACGAGGACGAGCGCUCCAGGGACCAUCUGCUGUUCCAGGCCCUCAGGACCUUCACCAAGAUCUGCGAGCACUGCCCCGCCUUCCUGAAGCGGCCGGAGUGGACGGAGCACGUCUGUCAGCUGGCCGACAGCGCCCAGUCGUUCCUGGGCCACCCGCACGAGUGGGUGCGUCUGGCGGCCGCCCAGGCGCUGGGGCACGUGUUCGGGUCCUUGGACCCCGCGGCGGUGGCGGCGCGGCCCCCCGCCGGCGGCCUGGCGGGGCAGACCAGGGGUCGGCUGCGCGGCCUCGUGCUGGACCUGUGCGCCGUGCUCCAGUGGGAGAGCUCGGCCCCGGAGCUCUGCGACCAGGUCAUCAAGAACCUGGUCUUCUUGGGUCGUGUGCUGAUGGAGUUGCCCGAGAACCACGAGAAGGACGACCCGGGGGAAGCGGAGGAGAACGAAGCGGCAGACGAGGAAGAUGAGACUAAGAACGACUCAAAGGUUUCUCUUCCGUGGAUGAUCCGACAGAUGAGGCGCAUCGUCAACAAGGAAAUCAUUCACAACCCAAAAUCCGAAGUGCUGCGGACCUCGGCGUUCAAGUGGCUGGGGGCCAUGGCGGUGGCCCUCGACCGGGACCGCCUGCGGGCCCUGCUGCCCCUGCUGCUGCCCCCGCUGGUGCGGGAGCUGUCCGGCGAGGACGACGACGCCCGCCCGCGGCUGCGCCGGCUCGCCCGGGAGGUGGCCGGCGUGGCCAGGCAGCGCGCCGGCUCCGAGCAGUACGCGCUCCACGCGGCGCGGCUCCAGCGCCGGCUGGCCGCCCGCAGGCUCGAGAAGAAGAAGGCGCGCGUGCAGUUGGUAAUCACAGAUCCAGAGAAAGCUGCCAAACGGAAGAUACAGAAACAGUUGAAGAAGAAACACGACAAGAAAAUAAAAAUGGAGAUUCUGAAAGGCCGUAAACCAGGCAAAAGAAAGCUUACGCGAUCACUCGACAUUGACGAAACAUGAUUUUUCAUAUUUCAUUUGUAAAAAUGUAAAUAAUUUUUAUCAAUAAAUUUACAAUUUAAAAGAUGAA